GGGUGCAGGGGGUAUUCGAAUCAGUUAUCAGUUAUCAUCAGUUCUCUAGUGGCCGGUUUAAGAAGGACUGCCACAAAAGAGAUUUAUAAAGGUGUUUUUUUACUAUUUUAAUUAAUAUAAACGAAUUACGACAUUACGGAGAAUUUCUAAAAGCAACAAUGUCAUACUGCACUCGAAUUUUACAUGUGCAGAAAUUAGGUGGAUUCGCUAGUGAAAUUCAGCAAAGAUGUUUUCACGCGAGUCCUCUUACCUUUGCCGCUGCAAAGGUGGCAAUGAGCAAAUUCGACAGUUCCAGCUAUCUUCCAUACGAAAAGUUGGAUUCAAAUUUAAAAAUAGUGAAAAAACGACUCAAUCGACCAUUGACAUUAUCAGAGAAGGUUCUCUAUUCUCAUAUUGAUGAACCUAAUAAACAAGAUAUCGAACGAGGAACAAGUUAUCUAAGAUUGAGACCUGAUCGUGUAGCUAUGCAAGAUGCGACUGCCCAAAUGGCUAUGCUCCAAUUUAUUAGUUCAGGUUUACCGAAAGUUGCUGUUCCAUCAACAAUUCACUGCGAUCAUUUGAUUGAAGCUCAAAUUGGUGGCGAUAAGGAUUUAGCGCGUGCAAAGGAAGUAAACAAAGAAGUUUACAAUUUCCUUAAGACAGCCGGUGCAAAAUAUGGUGUUGGAUUCUGGAAUCCUGGCUCUGGAAUUAUUCAUCAAAUUAUUUUGGAAAAUUAUGCAUUCCCAGGUCUUUUGAUGAUUGGUACGGAUUCUCAUACACCAAAUGGUGGUGGUUUGGGAGGAUUGUGCAUUGGAGUUGGUGGUGCUGACGCUGUUGAUGUGAUGGCAAAUAUUCCAUGGGAAUUGAAAUGUCCAAAUGUUAUUGGAGUUAAAUUAACUGGUGAAUUGAAAGGUUGGACAAGUCCAAAAGAUAUUAUUCUCAAAGUCGCGGGUAUAUUGACUGUUAAGGGAGGAACUGGCGCUAUUGUCGAAUACUUUGGUCCAGGUGUUGAUAGCAUUAGUUGCACUGGAAUGGCAACAAUUUGUAAUAUGGGUGCUGAAAUUGGUGCCACAACAUCGGUAUUCCCUUAUAAUGAUCGUAUGAAAACGUAUUUGAAAUCAACUGGAAGAAAUGACAUUGCCUCAGCAGCUGAUAGUUUUAAAUCGUCUCUAUUGACUGCCGAUCCAAAUGCAAAAUACGAUCAGGUUAUUGAGCUCGAUCUCUCGACUCUUGAGCCUCAUGUCAAUGGACCCUUCACGCCUGAUCUUGCUCAUCCUAUUUCUAAACUUGGUACGACUGCCAAGAAAGAGGGAUGGCCCAAUGAAAUUAAAGUAGGUCUGAUCGGUUCGUGCACCAAUAGUUCUUAUGAAGACAUGGGUCGCUGUGCCAACAUCGCGAAACAGGCGUUGAAACAUGGAUUAACGGCCAAGGCCGCUUUCAACGUGACACCAGGAUCGGAGCAAAUUCGCGCCACAAUUGAACGUGACGGAAUUGCGGAAACUCUUCGUCAAUUUGGUGGCACGGUUCUUGCAAACGCUUGUGGUCCCUGCAUUGGUCAAUGGGAUCGUCAAGAUAUUAAAAAAGGUGACAAGAAUACAAUUGUCACUUCGUACAAUCGUAAUUUCACUGGUAGAAAUGAUGCAAAUCCUGCAACUCAUGCUUUUGUCACGAGUCCUGAACUUGUUACGGCUCUUUCAAUUGCUGGACGAUUGGACUUUAAUCCAACGAAGGAUCGAUUAAAGGGCAAGGAUGGAAAGGAAUUUAUGCUCGACAGUCCAUACGGUGAUGAAUUACCAAGCCGUGGUUUCGAUCCUGGAAUGGACACAUAUGACUCACCACCUGCUGACGGCUCGAAAGUGAAGGUUGACGUUGAUCCCAGCUCCCAGCGAUUACAACUUCUCGCUCCCUUCGAUAAAUGGGAUGGCAAAGAUCUCACAGAUUUGACGGUUCUCAUCAAGGUUAAAGGAAAGUGUACCACUGAUCAUAUUUCCGCAGCUGGUCCAUGGCUCAAAUAUCGUGGUCACUUGGAUAACAUCUCCAAUAAUAUGUUUAUCGGAGCUGUGAAUUCGGAAAAUGGAGAAAUGAAUAAAAUUAAAAAUCAAUUGACCGGUGAUUGGGGCGCAGUACCUGAUGUAGCUCGACAUUAUAAGAAAAAUGGAGUAAGAUGGGUGGCAAUUGGUGAUGAAAAUUACGGCGAAGGAUCAUCUCGGGAACAUGCUGCAUUGGAACCACGUCAUCUUGGUGGACGUGCUGUUAUUGUUAAGAGCUUUGCUCGAAUUCACGAAACAAAUUUGAAAAAACAAGGUGUCUUGCCUUUAACAUUUGCAAAUUCCAGCGAUUACGAUAAAAUUCAACCCACUGAUAAAAUCAGUUUACUCGGUCUUAAGGAUCUUACACCUGGAAAGUCCAUACAAGCGGAAAUCAAACACAAGGAUGGAAAAGUUGACAAGAUCACACUCAAUCAUACAAUGAAUGAACAACAAAUCACGUGGUUCAAGGCUGGAUCGGCAUUGAAUCGUAUGAAAGAGAUUGCAGGAGGAAAGUAAAGUAAGAAAGAAAAAAUAUUUUUUUUUUGAUGAAGAGACAAAGUUUCGAAGAUCAAAGCAGUGCAGAUAGUUAAAUUAAUAUGAAUUAGAAUAACCGGCACAACUAAUUCGAUGUUAUGCAGUAGGUUGAGUUUCGAUGAAAGAAAGAAACAUUACACAUAUUCUUAGAAUAGCACUGAAAGUAAUUGCAUAACAUUUUAUUCAAUCCCUAUGGAUUGAAAUCGUGAUCGUGAAAAAUAAUUGUCCGAAUUUGGAAGAUUUUCAUUAAAAAAAAAAAUUGAAAUGAAACUUUCUCUAUUCGGAAAAUUAUUUUUAACAAAAUUUCAUUAUAAAACGAGUGAUUGUCGAAUGAUGAAUUGCCUCGAGUCAAGUAAUUUUAUAAGUGAAUUUAAAUAGUAUUGCUUAUAAUUAUAUAGACAAUAAUAUAAUAAAUAUUGUCUCCGGUUGACAAUAGUGAUUAAUUUAUCAUUCUUAAAAAUGAACGCAGCGGAGAAUUUCAUAAAUUUUUUUAAUCAGCGAUUUUGUUUUUUGAAAAUCGUGUACGCCCCGAUUGCUGUUUAUUGGAAAAACAAAAUGAGAAUUCUUCGCUGUACGUGAUUGUCAUCUUUUUUUUUCUUCUUUCUAUGUAUUUGAAAAUCAUGUACAUAUUGUUCACAAUGCAUUAUAAUAUGAUGAAUAAUAAAUAUUUAUAAAACUCUGAAAUUUACAAUUUUAAAAAAUAUUCAGAGUAUAAUAAAUAUAUUGCUUUGGAGUGACGAUUAAUUUCUAUCAUGUUGAUUAAUUUACUCCUAGUUAAUUCAACUGGAUUAUUUACACGAAUAAAGACCGUGUAAAAACGUU